ACGUUUCUUCCGUCUCUUCCCUUCCCUCUUCCUCUCCUUCCCGAGAGCAGCCGGCAAUUUCACUUGGCGCCCCAAGUCUCGCGAUCUCCACGGCUUUUAUAAGUCUGGGUUGUGGUCCCUGACCCACUUUGCUCUGCUUCUCCUAGCUGGGGUCCGUUUGGGUCUUGGCGCUACUUGCGUCAUGGCCUCGGUUCGCCCCGUGCUUCGGCGCCUAGCGAGUGACGGGGGCCUAGAGCCUUGUUAGUCUCCGCUUUCUGUCCGUGGCGGAGCCUCGGGCUGCGGACGGCCUCUUUCCUCUUCCCUUUCCUCCAUCCCGCCCCCUCCUCGGGAGACCCUGCUGCUGGAGAGCCUCUGCAUGAGAACUUCUUGGGACUCUUUGCUAGUGCCACACUAGCUGCAUAAUGUUCCCUUUUGACAUCUUUGUCUUAUCUGCAUAACUUCCAUAGACCUCACCGUGGAAUCACCUGGAUAUCUAUCUACAGAAACAUCUGGAUCACAGUCUUUCAUGGAAUCAUCCAGAGAGCCAGACGUGCCUGCUAUUGAGCACAGUACAGGUGGGCUUCUAGGCAAGAUGUCUUUGCCAAUUGGAAUGCAUCGUCGGGCAUUCAGUUAUGAUGAUGUCCUGGAGGAUCCCACACCGAUGACUCCACCUUCAUCUGACAUGUGCAGUAAGGUUCUGUGGAAAAAGCCGGUCAUCCCAGAUCGGAAGUACCAACAGCUUUCCAAGGUUGAGGAAGGAGAAAAUAGUUUCUCCAUAACCCCCUCAGCUUCCAGUGAUCAAAUGAACAAGGUCCCAGUGGUGAAGGCCAAGGCUACGCACGUCAUCAUGAAUUCUCUAAUUACAAAACAGACGCAAGAGAGCAUCCAGCGCUUUGAGCAGCAGGCAGGGUUGAGAGAUGCAGGAUACACUCCCCAUAAAGGCCUCACCACAGAAGAAGCCAAGUACCACCGUGUGGCAGAGGCAGUCCAUAAAUUGAAGUUACAAAAUGGAGAAAUAACAAAAGAAGAUAGACUGAUUGCUUCAGCCCAGUCCACUCCAAGUAGUACACCCCAUUCUUCUCCAAGGCAAAAGCCCAGAGGCUGGUUUACUCAUGGAUCUUCUACUUCCUUACCGGGCCUAGAUGUCAGCAGCAUGGACUCUGGAAAUGGAGAUAGAGACAAACCCUCAUCUGAAAAAUGGAGCUUUUUUGGAACAAGAACGCUUCAGAAAUCCGACUCGGGUUUCAGUGUCCAAUCCUUCAGAGGUACUCAGAAACCAUCACCAAUGGAGCUCAUUCGAGUUCAGGAAACUAGAAUUGCAGAAGACCCAGCAACCUUUAAGCCACCUAAGAUGGACCUCCCAGUGAUGGAAGGAAAGAAACAGCCUCCACGAACCCAUAACCUUAAACCAAGGGAUAUGAAUGUGUUGACUCCUACAGGGUUCUAAAUCUCCCUUUUCAUAUGAGCAAAGUUGCUUUCCCUGGUGAACAACUGUUAUGUAGAGAGAGUAUCUUAGAAUUUUUUCUUCCCAUCCACCUUGCACUUGAUAUCAUCCAUUCAUAUCCAUUCACGAUAUUUCUGGGGAGAUGUGAUUGUUUCUUAAAAUAUUUGUAGCAAAGCUUGAAUCUUUCUAAUGUAGGAAGACUUAUUCUGUAAUGUCCCCAAAUUGGUUUGAAUAACUUCUCAAAGUACACAACCACAGCCAAUUUCUGAUCUAUAGAACUAGAUGGCAGAGGGAAAGGGAAAUAAUUAAAAUCUAGUAGACUUUGUUCUGCAUAUUUAAGAUGUUUGUUUGGUGGUACUUUUCUUUGAUAAACAUUUCUGCUUUCCAUCUUGGGUGCUAUAGCUAAUAGCUUCUUAUAGAACACUUAAAUUAGAAUCAAGGCACUGGUUCAAGAGCCCUGCUUCCUGGUUCCUAGAGAAGCACUAGCGUUAACAGGAGAUUUCUAUUGGAAGUAGAGACUGCUGUUGACAGUCUCCUGUGACACAUGUAAAAAAUAAGGAUUGUGAUUUGUCAUGGAUGGUGAAAUCAUAGUCUCCAAUAGAUAAAUAAGUGAUCUCCAUUCAUUUUAGCAAUAGAUGGCAAACUAAGCAUAGAGACUAAUUACUGAUUUUGUUAAAUUCUUAAGGGAGAUUCUGUGCAAUGUUUUGUGCUGUAGAGGACUAGUUGAAAUAA